AUCGAUUACCUGAUCUGGUGUCUCGCCAGCGCAAACCUCCCGAUUGCGUAGUCCUUAUCUGUUUGGUGCCAUGACUGGUGCCAUGAGAUAUACUUUUCCAAGCAGGGACUGUGUCUAGUGUCAUGUAUCGAAAAUAAGACAGCAAAAGACGGUUUAUUAUGACAGUGCUGCCGCCCCACUUGGCCAGACACGCUUGUGCCAGGAUCCCGCUGUGGAGGCGAGGAUAGACUGGAUUUACUUACAACGACCGACACGCAUGAUACUUCCAAAAGAGUACUACCAAUAUGUCUUGUUCUGUAAACGCCUGCUUUGAGACUGUGUCCGGAUUCUUCCAGAGGAUUUUCAAAAAGAUUGGUACUUUUAUCGGAACGUAUCCCGUGGCUCUCAUUAUCGGAUCUGUCAUUGUGGCAAUUGGUCUUAGUUUUGGCAUGCUUACGUUAUCCAACGAGACUGACACAGAGACACUGUACACGCCCAUUAACAGCAGAGCAUCACAAGACAGAGUUCAGUACCAGGCCACGUUCCCAGACGCCACAGGAAGCAACUACCGCGGAUAUGCACUUACGGCUCUUGACAUGUAUGGCCGAUUGUUGAUAAGCAGCACGACAGGUGGGAACGUGUUCACUAAUGCUACUGUUGAAGAAAUACGAACCCAAAUAAAUGAAGUCAAAAGUAUUAAUGCAACCUAUGACAAUGUAGUGUUUACUUACAGCGAUAUCUGUGCUCGGCAGGACGGUAGUUGCUAUGUUUCAGGGGAGUUUCUCACAACAGAUGCUGUGUAUAAUGUGUAUCUGUCUGGUGGAAUCACCUACCCAAACUGGAAUAACAUAGACAUAUCAGCAUUUCUUGGACAGGUUGAUUCGACAGGUGGAAAACUGGUGUCUGCAAAGUACCUGAGUAUUACGUUUGAUUUACGAAUGGACUCAGGGGUUAACAAGGCAAAAGCAAGAGCAUGGGAAGAAGCGUUCCUGAAGAGAGUAGCAAGUUUAAACACAACAUCAACAAGGAUAAACUAUGCUGCCUCCCAUUCGCUGGACACAGAGCUAAACAAAAACACAAACGGAGACAUCGUGUUCUUCUCUAUAACCUUCACGUUGAUGAUCACGUAUGCCACUGUCGUCGCCGGCGGUGAUGUGGUGUCAUCGAGGACGUGGGCAUCAUGGGCUGGCGUUCUUGCUGCUGGAUUUGGCAUAUUGUCUUCAUUUGGACUUGUCAGCCUUUGUGGUGUCAAGUUCGUCAACAUCGUUGGCGUGACACCAUUCUUAGUCAUAGGUAUCGGUGUGGACGACAUGUUCCUGUUGAUGUCCAGCUGGGCGGAGACCUACCCUUACCGAGACAAGUCCGUCGCCGAAAGGAUGGGAAUGACCUUUGCCUCAGCGGGUAUCGGUAUCACCAUCACGUCUCUCACUGAUCUCCUGGCCUUCUUAACUGGCGUGUCAUCUGUGUUUCUCAGUGUGAGGAACUUCUGUGUAUACACAGGAGUGGCCGUCAUCUUCUGCUACCUGUACCAGUGCCUCCUCUUCUCCCCCUGCCUCGCCAUCCAUGGCCGUCGGGUUGACAGUAACAAACACUGCAUGACCUGCCUCAAAACCAAAUCCAGAGACGAACUCAGGAAAGAUGGCGCCUCCACCUGCAGAGUGUUAUGCUGUGGAGGCUCACCACCAACAGAGAGGGGUCAGGAUGAACGAUUCUUUGAGACACUGCCACGGAAGUACUUGCCACGAAUGUUGCUGAAUAUGUGGGGGAAAAUAGUUGUUAUUUUAUUAUAUAUUGUUUACCUUGGUGUUUCCAUUUGGGGAACAAUCAACUUUAAGGAAGGGUUGAUUCUGAAGAAUCUUGUUUCCUCAACCUCUUACUUUUACUCAUACAGUGAAACGUAUGACACAUACUUCUCAGGUGCAUUCCCAAUCCCAUUUGUCUUUGGGUCGACAACGGACUACACCAACACACAAACUUUAAAUAACAUUGAUUCGCUAAUACAGAAUGCAAAGUCCGACAGUAGUGUUGAUGCUGACUCCCUCAUCUGCUGGUUACACAGCUACAGGAACGAUUCAAGUUACGAUGGCAGCAGCUCCCCGGCCUUUGUGUCGGGAUUGAAAACAUUCCUUGCAGCAAAUACAGUGUAUGAGAACGAUGUUGCUUUGGACUCUAGCAACAGUUCUAUUACUGCAUCUAGGUGCUACCUUUUCUCAACUAAAAUCAAGGACUCCAAUGCCCAAGCUGAUGUUAUGGUUCGAAUGCGAGCUCUGGCAGACAACUCACCUCUCUCUGUCUACACCUUCUACCCAUCCUACAUCUUCUUUGAGCAGUAUGUUGCCAUCCUUCCCAAUACACUACAAACUGUGGGUCUGGCACUGGUCGUCAUGACUGUGGUCACCUGUAUCUUCCUUCCUCAUCCUCUUCUGGUUUUCCUUGUGGUCCUGAACGUCGUUUCUAUCCUCGUUGGCAUCUUCGGGUUCCUUUAUAUCUGGGGACUGAGUCUCAGCUCAGUGACAAUGAUCCAUCUCAUCAUGUCUGUCGGCUUCUCGGUGGACUUCAGCGUGCACGUGUGCUCUGCCUAUAUGAUUGGAAAGGGAAGUAACAGGAGAGAGAAAACCGAAUCUGCCAUUGUCCAUGCAGCUGGUCCCAUAUUAAACGGUGGACUGUCAUCCUUUCUGGGCAUUCUUGUGCUGGUGUUCUCAAAGUCCUACAUCUUCAACUCCUUCUUCAAGAUCAUGUUUACAGUGAUCCUGUUCGGCAUGCUGCAUGCUGUGUUCCUUUUCCCAGUGAUACUCUCCAUUCUUGGGCCAGUGACGAAGUCAAGGGUUGCAGAGUCCCCUCAGCGCACCCGAUCACCAUCGCCUGCUGUGGAUUACCCUCUGUAGAUAUGGAUUCCUAGUAUAUUUUUAGUGAAGAUAUAGACUAUUCGUCUAGAAAUUCUUGUGUGAAUGCAAGCAUUCAAGUGUGCUGGUCGCUGUUGCAAGAUCAUGACCAAUGAAAACUACUGUUAUAACGAAAUCAAAGGGGCCACUAAUUUUAGUUCGUUAUAACCGGAGUUCGUUAUGAAUAUAUGCACAGCAUAUAUACAGUAAAUGUCCGGGACAAAAAAGUUCGUCAUAUCCGUCAGUUUGGUAUAGGCAUGUUCGUUAUAAACGUAGUUUACUGUAUAUGAUGAUGAUUAUCCAUUUGUAUUUUGAUUAUAUAGUUAAAGUAUUAUAGAUUCCGUCCAGCUAACGCAGUGUUGUACACAGUGUAGAGUUGCAUAACAUGAUGCUCUGCUGACCAUUAUGCUGUUAUCCUUUUAACACCAACAACAACUUCAUCUCUAUAACAACAUCAUGACAACGUCUACCUAGUUAUGUUAUAUAUUAGAUAUAUGGAUGGAUGGAUACAUUAUCGUGGUGUUGUGACUACAAUUGUAGGGGUUGAAGCACUUUCUCUAUUAUAGGAGUCAUUGCGGUCGGCAACCCGUCGUGAUUCCAGGUUAGAAGUGGUCGCCAGCAAUCUAUGCUGGCUGUAAGAAGCGACUUAGCGGAUCGGGUGGUUAGGCUCGCAUGAAUAUUCGCUGUGUAAAGUUUCGUCGCAUAGCCACGCCAGAAUGUUCUAAUCGUGAUAUCAAAUCACGGCAUCGACCGAAUUAUCACCCAGAGCCUGUCAGCACCAUUCUAAAUCACACGCCCGUCGGUGCGACAGUUAGGGUAAUGGUCUACAAUCCGUAUCAUUUUGAACGUUCUCCACACAAACUGACGAGAAGUGAGUGAUGUGACUUAAAUACUGUUCAGGGAUGUGUAAAUCCCAACUUAUUGUGUCAUACACUAAUUCAUACUGUGUCUCCAUAGUGAUCCGUCCAACAUCAGACACAACCGUUAAAGUGUGUACAAGGUACAGCAACAAAUGUCCAUGGUUAUCUCCUCCAUAUCGUUAUGAGUAUGGUAUUAUGUCAAAUAAUCACAGGCCAAGUAUGUAACCAGUCUGUAAAUAUAUAUUGAACUGUUUGAUUUCAUAAAACAACAAUAUUUGUUUAUACAUAUUUAUAUCAUUGUCGAAAAUAUAUAUUCUAAAAUAU